GGUUUUGAUUUAAGUGUGGGUUGUUUCCAUUUAGAUUGUGAGUGUAUCGUGUUUUCUCUAGUAAAUAUAUGGUGUUUUUUUGGCGUUUGGUGGUUUGGCUUUAGUUACUUCUUUUUUAUAAAGUUGCUGUAUAUUUCAUUCUUGUUGUGGUGGUUUAUUUACUUAUGUUGUUGUUUCUGGUUUUCCGUCUGUUUUGUUGGUUACAGUGUUUUUGGUUUUGAGGUAAGUGUGGGUUGUUUCCAUUUAGAUUGUGAGUGUAUCGUGUUUUCUCUAGUAGUGAUUGGAUUUUUUUAUAUUUUUGUUGAGUGUUGUAAUGAAGUUUCCUGUGUUGUUGUUUUGUUCUUCCUUUUUUAUUUUGGGUGUUUGUUUGUCUAUAAUUUUUUUCUUUGUUUAUUUGGGUUGUUUGCAUCCGCAGUUCAAGUAUACCACAUUCUUUAG